UAGGCUAUGGAGUAGAAACAGAUAAACGGUUCAUUUAUUGACAACUCUCAUAAUAACAGUGGGCUAUGCCACAUGUAGGCAAUCAUUGGAGACUUAGACAGUGGACAAUUACCUUGGAGAACUACUUUUAGAAUAGAAUGGAAUAGAAAUAUUAUCCUAAAAGACUCCAUUUCGGCAGUUGUUUGCAGGUCUGCAUAGCGUUAUGGUGCCAUAACUGUUUUACAGACUGCUGACACAGCUAUGCAAUCAACUCAGACUACCUCGAUUCACUACACCAUGCACGACUCAAAGGAAUCUCAAAUCUUACCCAUUUCAAGGGCUACAGGAUGCAACUUCUUCCCUAACCAACCAACCGGACACUGCUCGGAUCCACCGCAUGGCCAGCUGAAGUUUGACUCUCAUUCUUUUCUGGAAUAUAAUGGGAAUAACGGUCUCUACAGUGCCGGGAUGUAUGAGUUUGGGUUCCCCACCUCUUACGGUUGUUACGGAUCUUAUAUGGGCUCUUCACCUCUCACCACGGACACAGAGAAAGAGGAGAAGGAGCCAGAAGUCCGAAUGGUAAAGGGAAAACAAAAGAAAGUCCGGAAGCCCAGAACCAUCUACUCCAGCCUGCAGCUGUGCGCGCUCCAGUGCAGGUUCCGAACGAGGCAGUAUCUGGCUCUACCUGAGCGUGCGGAGCUGGCCGCUUCACUGGGACUCACACAGACACAGGUGAAGAUUUGGUUCCAGAACCGUCGCUCAAAGUUGAAGAAGCUAUGUAGAAACGGCCAGAUGCCACUGGAACAGCCGGAGACCCUGUGUGACUCCCCUAGGUCCAGCAGCUCUCCUCAGGCUACAACGGUGCACUGGGCCCCCCAUGGGAUUACCGAGACAGGAGGCUCAAGCAAUGAGCAGAACUGUAUCCCUCCAAGCAACCCAUCCUUUUACAGUAACUACUCUUGGUACUCAGCAACAGACUCUGUGGCACUCUCCCAGCAGAGUCCAGUACUAUAUCAGCCUCAGAAUCCUUCAGUUGAUGUGGGUUCAAUUUAUUGA